UCAAAAACUCUUGCCAUCAACUUAAUUUCUUCAAGAAAUUUCAAACACGGAUUGAUCAGAAAAUAUCUUCCACUGUUGCAAUUUCCUGAUAACCAUGACUGAAUUAGUCCUCUUCAGCAUCGCGGAGUCACUCAUAGCAAAGCUUGCUUCUCAAGCAUAUGAAGAAACUUCUCAGGUGCUGGGUUUAUACCACCAUCUGCAAGAGUUUACACAGACUCUCUCAUUAGUCAAGGCUGUGCUGUUAGAUGCUGAGGAAAAGCAGCAGCAGAACUAUGAGUUGCAGGAAUGGCUGAGGCAGGUCAAACAUGUUUUCUCUGAUGCUGAAAAUGUGUUGGAUGAAUUUGAGUGUGAAACACUACGAAAGGAAGUGGUUCAAGCUCAUGGCAGCGCCACAACCAAGGUAGCUCAUUUUUUCUCAACUUCUAAUCCACUUGUUUUUCGUUAUAGAUUGGCUCAACACAUAAAAAAAAUCAAGAAGAGAUUAGACAAGGUUGCAGCAGACAGACAUAAGUUUGGUCUUGAAACAACUGACAUUGAUCGACGUGUUGUGCAUAGGAGGGAUAUGACAUACUCCUACGUUGUUGAUUCGGAUGUGAUAGGAAGGAAUCAUGAUAAGGAAAAUAUUAUACGACUUUUGGUGCAGCAGAAUCCUAAUAAUAAUGACAAAAGUCUCUCUGUAAUUUCUAUUGUGGGGAUUCCAGGCUUGGGAAAGACCACACUAGCAAAGAUUGUGUUCAAUGAUAGGAGGAUACAUGAGUUAUUCCAGUUGAAGAUGUGGGUUUGUGUGUCUAAUGACUUUAACAUUAAGCAAGUGGUUAUUAAAAUCCUUAAUUCUAAUAAGGAUUCUGCUCACCAACAAAAUUUAGACAUGGUAGACAUGGAGCAACUGCAAAGUCAAUUAAGAAACAAACUUGCCAGUAAAAAAUUCUUACUUGUCUUGGAUGACGUAUGGAAUGAAGAUCUUGUAAAAUGGGUUGAGCUGAGGGAUUUAAUACAAGUAGAUGCUACAGGAAGUAAAAUUUUAGUGACUACACGCAGUCACGUGACUGCUUCCAUGAUGGGUACUGUUCCCUCUUACAUUUUAGAAGGGCUUUCCUUGGAGGAUUCGUUGUCUCUGUUUGUCAAAUGGGCAUUUAAAGAAGAAGAGAAAAGGAAUUCCUAUUUGGUAAAUAUUGGGAAAGAAAUUGUGAAAAAAUGCAAUGGGGUUCCUUUGGCAGUGAGAACAUUAGGAAGUUUACUGUUUUCAAAAGAUAACAGAGAGGAAUGGGAAUUUGUGAGAGAUAAUGAAAUUUGGAAUUCAAUGAAAUCUGAAAGUGGUAUGUUCGCUGCACUUAAAUUAAGUUUUGAUCAAAUGCCAUCCAAUUUGAGGCGAUGCUUUGCUUUGUUCAACCUUUACCCAUGUGGGCAUGCAUUUGAUAGUUUUGAUGUUACAUCCCUUUGGGGAGCACUUGGUUUUCUUCCAUCACCAAAUAGAAAUCAAAUAUUGAAACACGGUGCAAAUCAAUAUCUUUGUGAACUAUUCUCAAGAUCUUUUCUACAGGAUUUUGUUGAUUACGGCAUUGGCUUUGGUUUUAAAAUACAUGAUUUGGUGCAUGAUAUUGCACGGUAUUUGGGUAGAGAUUCCAUAAUGGUAAGAUACCCCUUUGUGUUUAGACCCGAAGAAAGGUAUGUCCAGCAUCUAUCUUUUCCUGAAAACGUUGAAGUUGAAAAUUUUCCCAUCCACAAAUUUGUAAGCGUGAGAACCAUACUAUUUCCUACCUCAGGAGUUGGAGCCAACAGUGAAGUGUUUUUGCUUAAAUGCACAUCACGGUGCAAACGCUUACGGUUUUUAGAUUUAAGUGAUUCUAUGUACGAGGCUUUGCCUCCUUACAUUGGCAAGUUGAAACAUUUAAGAUAUCUCAGUCUUGAGAAUAAUAACAACUUAAAGAGGCUUCCUGAUUCUCUUUGCAACCUCCUAAAGUUAGAAGUUUUGAUACUUAGUGGAUGUUCAGAACUUUUAACACUGCCAAAUGGUUUAAGAAAGUUGAUCAGUCUUCAACAUUUGGAGAUAACCACAAAGCUACGUGUUUUGCCAGAGGAUGAGAUUGCAAACUUGAGUUCUCUUCGGAUUCUCAGAAUCGAAUUUUGCAACAAUGUGGAAUCUUUGUUUGAAGGGAUUAAACUCCCUACUCUUAAAGUAUUGUGUAUUGCCAAUUGCCAGAGUCUAAAGUCGUUGCCACUUGAUAUUGAACAUUUUCCUGAAUUAGAGACUUUGUUAGUUGACAACUGUGAUGUGUUGGAAUUUUCCAAGGAGCAUAACAACCAAAAUUCCAACUUGAGGCUGAAGAUUGUAAAUUUCAUUUCAUUGCCACAGUUGGUGACCUUGCCUCAUUGGCUUCAAGGAUCGAAGGACACAUUGCAAUACUUGUUAAUUUCAAGCUGCAACAAUCUUGUGGGGCUUCCUGAAUGGCUAUCAGCUAUGACUUGUCUGAAAACACUGUGUGUCACAAGUUGUCCUAACAUGUUGUCUCUCCCGGAUGGCAUCCAUCGCCUAACCACCCUUGAACGAUUGGAAAUUGAUGGAUAUCCUGAAUCGCUCCAACACUUAACCAUUGAUGAACCGGAAGAAGUCAAGGAAGAGGUAGAAGAAUUGGAGUAAGGGCAAAAGGCAGAGAAUGGAGCAGGGAAUUCAGAUAGGACACCUCCAACUAGCCUGCAGAAUCCACCAUAAACACGUUGGUAGGAGCGCCCUUUACAAGGUUUUCUAUACAUCAUCAUCACUCGAUCUGACAAGGAAAGAGAUUUGUCAAACUUGCUUAGAUUAUCUGAGUGUUGGAGGUGAGUUCUGGGAAGUGCCAGUCCCUUUGCUUUCAGGAUCAAACCCUUAAGCUUUGAUUAUCUGUGAUUAAUAAUUCCAUUGGAUUGACAUAAAAAAAAAAAUCUUAUACUCUGAUAACCAAGUAUCUAGUGACUUUCCUAAUAAACUUCAUCAAAAAAUCACAUAUGUCUAUGUGAUAAAAUAUUCUCUUAUAAUAGAUUUUUAAAUUUAAUCAAUUAAUCUUAUUCAUUUUGAUCCUUGUAUGAAUUCGUCUAGUGUUACAGAUUAAUGCAUAACUCCAUUCCACCAACUACAGAAAAGUAAAUAUCAGUGAACACGUCUCGGAAGUUAAAACUCAAGGCAUUCCCAAGAUGAGCUAGCAUCACUUGAAAAGAUUAAAUUUUGAACAUUCUUCUGGCUUUAGUGUAUAUUAUUUGUAUUUGUAGAGUCAGUAUCAACUUAAGCAGCCAUUCCCUCCAUGAACUUAUGUAUCUGUCAUGACUCAAGAAUAUAAUGCCAUUGGUUUGAGAUUUAAAAAAUAUCUUAUACAAU